AUGGAAGAUAAUAUUUUAGAUGAAGGCGAUCUCAAACCAAUUCCAAUUAGUAAUGAGGAUGAAGAUUUCAGUUCAAACAACGGAAUUCUCAUCAUAUUUCCACUUCUUAUUGUCUCAUUAGUUGGAUUGUUUGCUGGAGUUAGGUCGCAUUCUAAAAGAGAGUCAUUAAUUUAUUCAGGUAUGUUUGUAGUUGAAUCAUUAGUAUGUUUUAUCAUCGCAAACUUCAUUCCUGUUUUGAUUUAUCAACAAUCAACCAAAAAAUUCGCGGUAUUUUUACUGGUUAUGGCUGGCACAUGCGCUGCAUCAUAUCACAUACCACACUCCAUUAAAAUGUACAUAUAG